GGAGCAUUUCAAUGAGUCUGGAAUAGGCUUCCACUCUGCGUAGAUUCCCUAGCCGGGGAAGAGGACAAAUACACAUAUCUACUUCGUGUUUGUGAGCAAAGACGGAGAUGUUGGGAAGGGCAGCUCUGUGGUGGUAGCCCCUCUCUCUCGACUCAGGUUGCAUUGAAGCAGGCAGGGCAGCUCUGUGGUGGUAACAUCUCUCUUUCCAUUUCUCGACUCAAGUUGCAUUGAAGCAGGCUGUUAGCCGUCGAUCGUCAAAGCAGGUCGGCUGGUGGUUGUCGUCUCCCUCUUUCUCUGUCUCUCGGCAAUGCACUGCUAGGCGAGUGGAUGCGAUGGCCGCCGCCACUUCAUCCUCCACGAUCCAUCUUUCUGGGCUACUGCCAUCAGCAUCACCCCCUCGUCUCCGCCGCUCAUACCCAUUCUUAUCAUCGUCGUCAUCCUCCAGACGGAGAUUGAGGACGUUUCGCUCCUCUCGCACCGCUGCAAUUGUCUGUUUCUCCGACCCCUUCGUGCUAGAGCUGGCCGAGAAGAUCGAGGACUCGGUUCCUCCUCUCCCCUCCUCACCACCGCUGCCCCUCCUCAGACUUCGGGAGUCUGCCUCCCGCUCCCUCCUCAGCCAGAGGUGGCCCACCCAGAAGGAUGAAGCCUUCCGCUUCACUGACACCAGAUUCCUCAGGCACUCCCUUAUCAACCCCGUACAGCCCUCCUCCGUUCCUCCUUCCACCGCUCUCGACUACGGCGACGACGACCACCAACACCACCGCAUCCUCCAUAUAGUAGACGGCCAGUUGCUUCCCUCUUCUCCACCCAGCAUCUCCAGUGACCUCCCGGAAUCCGUCUUCGUCGGACCCCUUUCUGCUAUUCAAGACGAGGCUCUUCUGAACCGGGUCCUCAGCUCCUUCUCCUCCGACUUCCAGGAAGCAGAUCUCUUCUGGUCCCUCAAUGGCAUCGGCGUGCCAGACGUCGUCGUCAUCUUCAUCCCGACUGGUUGCAUUGUGGAGAAGCCUCUUCACUUCGUGCUCUAUUCCAAUCAAGGCGGCGGCAUCGGAGGCAAGAACGAAGGCGACCCAUCAUCGGUGGCGAUAUCGAAUCCUCGAAUGCUAGUUUUGGUAGAGGCUGGCGGCCAGGUUGGGAUAGUUGAGGAGUUUGUGGGUAGCGGAGAUUCAGGGGCUUACUGGACCAAUUCGGUGAUGGAGAUGGUGAUCGAGGAAGGAGGGAAGGUUUCUCAUACUUAUAUCCAGAGACAAGCUGAUAAUUCCACCCACACAAAGUGGACUCGUGUUCAUCAGGCUGCAACUAGUAGCUAUAAUCUUAUAGAGACAAGUACGGGUGGAAAGUUAAGCAGACACAAUCUUCACAUUCAGCAGCAUGGUUCUGACACAGUCACAGAAUUAUCCACGUUUCAUUUGGCUGGAAGUAACCAAGCACAGGAUUUGCACAGCAGACUGGUCUUGGAUCAUCCAAGAGGUUAUGGUCGGCAACUUCACAAGUGCAUAGUUGCCGAUUCAUCAGGCCAAGCUAUCUUUGAUGGCAAUAUCCAAGUCAACAAGUAUGCACAGCAAACAGAUGCAGGUCAACUAACAAGAAGCCUCCUUCUAGCUCCCCGUGCUACAGUCAAUGUUAAGCCCAACCUGCAAAUAGUUGCUGAUGAUGUGAAAUGUUCCCAUGGAGCUGCCAUAAGUGAUCUUGAAGAUGACCAGCUCUUCUAUUUUCAGGCACGUGGUGUCGAUUUGCAGACUGCCAGAAAUGCGCUCAUCUUUUCUUUUGCUGCCGAGGUAAUUGAACGCCUACCUUCCUCCCUCCUUCGCAGGAAGGUAGAGGAUAAUGUCAAAAGUUUACUUGCAGCUAAAGGAGCCAUCUUAUAGAAGUUCAAGAAAUAGCAGAUCUCCCUAUUGUAUACCUAUUUUACUGAUGUUGAAAAUACUCGAAAAGAAAAUUGUUGGAUUUUCAAGCUUUCAAGUGUACACCUAUUUUUUGGUUGAAUAAGAGGAUGUAUUUCAGCCCUGAAUAUAAUGGUGGAAGAAUAUUUAGCUUGAACAAA